CACGAGUACUGGGCAAGAACCGUGGGGUUCAUGACAGGAAGCAGCUAGAAAAUCUUAACUGAACCAAAGUUUUGACGGACACUGUCUUUGCCGUUGCCCCAUUACCAGCGCGGUGGCUGGUUACUCUCACGCCGUUUAGCACUCUUUGACUGGCCUACUAAAUUAUGGAGCUAUCUAGGGCGCUUAUGUGUGUUUUGUCCGUGUUGGUUGCAUUGGUCUCGGAAAGGUUUGUGGCGCUGGCUUCAUUCUCUCAGUCUGUGGACAGCGACUUUACCUUCACUCUACCCGCCGGCCGGAAAGAGUGUUUCUACCAGACAAUGAAGAAAGAUGCCUCGCUGGAGAUUGAAUAUCAGGUUUUAGAUGGUGCCGGCCUGGAUGUGGAUUUCUACAUCUCCUCUCCCACUGGACACGUCCUGUUCAGCGAUUACCGUAAAUCAGAUGGAGUGCACACUGUUGAAACUGAAGAUGGAGACUACAUGUUCUGCUUUGACAACACAUUCAGUGCAGUGUCUGAGAAGAUCAUCUUUUUUGAAUUGAUCCUGGACAACAUGGAUACAGAUGAAGAUCCUGAUGACUGGAAAGAAUAUGUUCAUGGAACUGACAUGGUGGAUAUGAAGCUAGAAGACAUUAUGGACACCAUCAACAGUGUCAAGGCUCGACUGGGAAAAAGUGUACAGAUCCAGACAGUACUCAAGGCAUUUGAGGCUCGGGACAGGAACCUACAGGAGAGCAACUUUGACAGGGUUAACCUUUGGUCCGUGGUAAACCUUUUUGUCAUGAUGGUGGUAUCGGCAGUGCAGGUUUAUGUAGUCCGCUCACUGUUUGAAGAUAAAAGGAAAAUUCGCACAUAACACCUUCCAAAAGUGAAAGGAUAGGAAAUGCAUUUUCCCCACAGAUACCUUUGGAUAUUUUGUCGUGAUAUUAUAAUAAUAACUUCAACUCAACUGGGAAUCUGGUCUUCAGUACACUGGAAUUUAUGGAGCAGUUUUGGAGAAGGAACAUAAGUGUCCUAGACUCUUCAACUACAAGGAAAUGUUUGAUCUUGAUUAAAUGUUGUUUGUCAUCACUAUUAACCUCUUUUCAUUACCUGUCUGUAAAGGUGCAUUGGCAGGUUUAUGGAUUUACUUUGUCUUGCAAAACCAACAAUUAGUUUCCUUUUUAUUUCUUGCCAAAUUUGGAAAAUAUGCAACCCCAUUAAUAUUUUGAUUUCCAUAAAUUCAUAAAAUUAUCCCUCUAUUUCAUAAGAUUCCUUAUUUUUACCUAUAUGCCAAUCUAUUGUCAGCAUGUGAGGUCUCAUGUAUUUCUUUAAUUAUAAACAUUUAUAAUGUCAUCAUUUAUGGCAUCAUCAACUUACAAUUUCUCUUGUAUGACAACACUGAAAGACCAGUUGGCUCAUUUAGUAAAUACUGCUCUUUGGCAUUGGAUCACAGACUAGAAGCAACACAACUGGACCAUCUCCAGAUCCUCCAGCUCUUUGCUAGGACUUGUAGCUUAGCAGCCUACUUGGCUGUCAACUCUGUGAGUUGACAUGAGGGGGUGUCUUCUUACAGCCAACUGUAAAGAUGUUGAGUCUGUCUAUCUGUGUGGUGACAAAUCUAUUUCUAACUCUCUGGCACCUGCGAGGUCAAUACCUCAACCACAGUGUUGAAGAGUUUGGUAAUACCAUAAUGUUUAAUAUCUUGUGUCUGCAGGUAAAGUGGGUUGAUUUCUUAUUAGCCAUUUAUUUAACUCUUAUUUACUGAUCUUCGCAAGUGAAACUUUGUCCACACUUUUGUUUAAAAGGUGUUAAGGUGCCAUCUUCUAAAUUUUCUCCAGUGCUGUUGAGACGGGGCCUAUACAGUGACUGCCAAAUGUUAAGAUAAAGUAAAACUACUAUUUAAACCCUCUUUGAUCUAUUUUUUCUGCUUUAUCACACCAUCAAUGUUCAUGUCACACUAUGUUGUGGACAAAUAUGCAAUGAUACAAUGUGUUACUGAGUCUCAUGUUUUCACUGCCUAAUAACCCUUUAUUUGUAAGACACUCUAAAUGACCUUGUGUCCAGUGCCUAAGUGAAGAGUUGUUUGUUGAGACCGGGAUGAUUUUUUAAUAGAUAUGAGUCACGGGAGGGGUUGAUACACUUUUGGAAUAAUUUUUAAGCCUAAUGUACAAAAAAAUAAAAGUCUACCACAUUUUCAGAAUAUUUGUAUGUUACUGAGGAGACUUGCAUGUCUCAUAAAGCAGCCAUUUUGACUGUGUAAGAAUAUUUUACUACACUAAUGGUGUGGCUGGAAAGAGGGAAUGCGAUGUUAUAUGGUAUAUACUCCAUAUUUACCUGUAGUUGUAAAUUUGUAUAAAUUAAACUAUCUUAAUUUUUU